AUGGAAUGGUUUGAUGAUACUUCGUCGUCUUCCUCCGACGAGGUAGCGCAGGCGAUCAUCGAUGAGAUCCAGGAGCACAAACAAUUGCUUGCUCAAAUGUACUACCAACUGGCGCUGGAACAUGUUGUUCAUCACCGACAAUACGUCCACUGUGAUCGUGAGGCUGCCCAUUUACGUCUUAUACAAGACUACUUCAACGACAAUCCGACGUACGAGCCUACAUUUUUUCGACGUCGUUUUCAGAUGCAGAAGGAGUUGUUCUUGCGCAUCGUCGAGGCUGUUCAAGGUGGAGAUACUUACUUUCAGAUGAGCCAUGAUGCACGAGGUAGGGACUUUCUCACACCUUUGCAGAAAUGCACGAAUUUCCCAAAGGCGUGGCACGACGCAUAUACAUGCGGUGAUCAAGAGGAGCCCACCUUGAUCUUGGAGGCCGUUGCAUCCCACAAUUUGUGGAUUUUGCAUGCCUUCUUUGGUGUCGCCGGUUCGAACAACGACAUCAACAUUCUGAACCAGUCGCCUCUGUUCUCCGACGUGUUGGAUGGAACGGCGACGCCGGUCCUCUUUGAGGCCAACCAGCGCUACUGCCAGAUGAGCUACUAUUUGUGUGACGGUAUAUAUCCAGAGUGGCGCUGCUUCGUCAAGAGUCCGCUGAUGGCGACCAAUCCAAAGGAGGCCAGGUUCAAGAAGGUGCAAGAAUUGACACAAAAGGAUGUUGAACGUGCCUUUGGAGUUUUUCAAGCUCGAUGGAGAAUCAUUCGAAGUCCGGCGAGAGGAUGGUACGUCAAGAAUUUCAAGGAAAUCAUGAUGUGUUGCAUCAUUCUCCACAACUUGAUUGUGGAGAACGAAGGUGAAAGAGUUGCCCAUUGGAGAGAUGACAACGCAGGACAUGGGGCGUUUAGCAGCGACUCGUCCGAGAGUGCUCGAACAACCCCGAUUUGCUUUGAGGAAUACGUGCAAAGAAAUGCAAUACUCCGAGAUAGACAUAUACAUGCUCAGCUCCAACGUGAUUUGAUCGAGCACGUUUGGGCACGUUUCAGACCUCUAGAUCCGGAAUAG